GACUGACAAAAAAACAGAAAAUAGAACGAGCUUCUCCUCUGAAACAAAACCCUAAACCCCAUAACCAGAAGCAGUGAAGACGAUUGAUUCGAACAUUAGCAGCUAUGUUCUCUCCCCCCACUAAAAAGUCCAGCUUAACUUCACGCAAAAAUGUCGCUAACCGAAGUGAUGAUAUUUCCACCCCGCUCGCCGACAAUCGACGACAACUGCUCGACAGUCCCGCCGUCCCCAAUCGCCCCACCACCGGAACCCCUGCCCCUUGGUCUUCGCGCCUUUCCGUCCUCGCCAGAAUCACACCUGCAAAGAGAAGUGACAGAGGAGAUGAGGUAGAUGCUGUUCAGCCUGUAUAUGUUGGGGAGUUCCCUCAAAUAGUACGUGAAGCGCAAAUCACGCUAUCACAAAAUCGUGUUUCUGUCCAUCUGGCAGCUGAUACAUCUAUCUCUGGUGGAAUGGACAAGGUAACAUCUCUAGCGUGGAUUAUCUGUGGAAACAGGGUCUUUGUCUGGAAUUACUUAUUACCUGCUGCUUCAAGAAAAUGUAUUGUCCUUGACCUUAAUUCUUGCAUAUCAGAAAGUGGAGACACGGACAAAAGUUCGUAUCAAACUAACAAUUGGUUAGUCUGUAUUGUUAACUGGGACACCUCAAAGAAAACUGGUAUCAGUGUUGCUCAACAGACCAAUUCUGCAGGGAUUGUUAUGUGUAACAGAAAAACUCGCUCUCUAAUUUUCUGGCCAGAUAUACAUAAUGCUAACAGGGUCCCUCCAGUCACUUCGGCUGCUUUUUCGGAGGUAGAAGUGAUUUAUCCACGACAAAAUGGAAAAUCCAUCUCAAGCAAGCAGAGGCAAAUUGGCAACAAUGGUGCAAAAUCUUGUUUUGUCAACUCUUUGAUUGCCUCAGCAAUUCCUGCUGCCACCAACAGUUGUGUUGCUAUUGCAUGUUGUUCGAAUGGUAUGCUUUGGAGAUUUCUCUGCCGCCCUUCUGGUAUUCAUUGUGACCAGAUUGAGCAUGGCAUGUCAAAUAUAUUUUAUCAAGGAAGUGAUAAUAGCACACUUGUGGCAAGCAAGGGUUAUCCAAGGUCAUUGAUCUGGCACUCUUUUAGUCAUUCAUCAUCGGACACCACGAGACAGUUCCUUCUACUAACUAAUCACGAGAUACAGUGCUUUGAAGUAAUUUUUUUUUCUGAAUUUGACGUGUCAAAGCUUUGGUCACAUGAAAUUGUUGGCACCGACGGUGAUUUGGGUAUUCAGAAGGAUCUUGCUGGACAAAAGAGAAUUUGGCCUCUUGAUUUGGAUGUUGAUUGUGAUGGCAAGGUUAUAACUAUUCUUAUUGCUAUCUUUUGCAAGGAUCGGGGGGUCACCAGUUCAAGCUACACUGAAUACUCUCUGCUGACCAUGCAAUAUAAAUCUGGAGUAGAUAUUGCGAAGCCAAUAGGUGAAAACAUAUUGGAGAAAAAGGCUCCUAUCCAAGUGAUUAUACCUAAAGCUAGAGUAGAGGAUGAAGAUGUUUUAUUCUCAAUGAGAUUAAAGGUAGGUGGAAAGCCAGCUGGCUCUGCUAUGAUUCUCUCAGGUGAUGGUACUGCAACUGUUUCCCACUAUUGGAGAAACUCCACCAGACUCCAUCAGUUUGAUCUGCCUUAUGAUGCUGGAAAAGUUCUUGAUGCUUCAGUAUUCCCAUCGGCAGACGACAGUGAAGAUGGAGCUUGGGUUGUACUCACAGAGAAAGCUGGAGUUUGGGCUAUACCUGAGAGGGCUGUCUUAAUGGGUGGAGUUGAACCACCUGAAAGAAGCUUGUCUCGUAAAGGGAGUUCUAAUGAUGGACCUUUACAGGACGAGAGAAGAAACUUCUCUGGUGCCGGAAACAUUGCUCCAAGAAGAGCCAAUUCAGAAGCUUGGGAUGCAGGAGAUAGGCAAAGGACGAGCAUGGCUGGAGUUGUGCGUAGAAGCCCUCAAGAUGAAGAAUCAGAAGCUUUACUGAGUCAGCUUUUCCAUGAUUUUCUCUUGUCUGGGAAGGUUGAUGGCGCACUUGACAAACUUAGAAAUUCAAGAGCAUUUGAAAGAGAGGGCGAAACAAAUGUAUUUACCAGGACAAGCAAAUCAAUUGUUGACACUUUAGCUAAACAUUGGACAACAACCAGGGGCCCUGAGAUUGCUUUGUCUGUUGUGUCCACACAACUUGCAGAGAAGCAACAGAAGCAUCAAAAGUUCCUUCAGUUCCUUGCUUUGUCCAAAUGCCAUGAGGAAUUGUGUUCCCACCAGAGGCAAUCUAUGCAAAUUAUCAUGGAACAUGGGGAAAGGCUUGCCGGCAUGAUCCAACUGAGAGAACUGCAAAACACGAUUAGUCAUGCCAAUGCAUCCGGAUCUGGCUCUUAUCAUGCGUCAGAUGCUCGAACUUCAGGAGCUCUUUGGGAUCUUAUCCAGUUAGUCGGUGAGAGAGCUCGCCGGAACACAGUUCUUUUGAUGGAUAGGGAUAACUCUGAAGUAUUUUAUAGUAAAGUUUCCGACAUUGAGGAAGUAUUCCAUUGCUUAGAGAGACAGCUUGAAUAUGUCAUCAGUAUAGAUAUGCCGAUUCUUGUUCAAUUUCAAAGUUCUUGUGAACUCUCAGAUGCUUGUGUGACGUUAUUCCGUGCAGCCAUCGAAUAUAGGAGUGAGCAUCAUUUGUGGUAUCCUCCACCCGAGGGCUUGAUACCAUGGUACUCCAAAAACAUUGUGUGGAGUGGGCUCUGGACUCUGGCGUCAUUCAUGGUUCAGUUGCUCAAUGAAACAAAUCGCCUUGAUGAUUCUGCAAGGGUUGAUUUUUAUUCGAAUCUUGAAGUCCUCUCGGAAGUAUUACUUGAGUCGUAUUCUACUGCUAUCACAGCAAAAAUUGAACGAAAGGAAGAACACAGGACUCUAUUAGAGGAAUACUGGAACCGCAGAGAUGUCCUUCUUGACUCCCUUUAUCAACAAGUGAAAUCUUUUGUCCAAUCAAAACUCCAGGAUUCAGCUGUGGAAAACGAAGAACAGAACAAGGAUACUCUCAUGAAACUUUCUUCAAAGCUAUUAUCUAUUGCAAAGCGUCACGAGGGGUAUCAAACUAUGUGGAGCAUUUGCUGUGACCUGAAUCAUUCUGAACUCCUUCAAAGUCUCAUGCAAGAAAGUAUGGGUCCUAGAGGAGGUUUCAGUUGCUUUGUCUUCAAACAACUCUACGAAAGCAAACAGUUUUCGAAGCUUAUAAGGCUGGGCGAGGAGUUCCAGGCUGAGCUAGCUACAUUUCUGAAGCAGCAUCCAGAUCUUCUCUGGCUUCAUGAAGUGUUUCUUCAUCAAUUUUCCUCAGCUUCCGAAACUUUACAUGCAUUAUCUCUUUCUAAGGAUGAUGCAUCAAUUUCAACUAUUGACGAUACUGAAUCUAGCAGCUCGGGGCGUCAAUUAACUUUGGCGAACAGAAAGCAUUUUCUGAAUUUAGCAAAAAUAUCUGCAAUGGCAGGAAGAAAGGAUGCGUACGAGCUAAAGAUGCAACGGAUCGAAGCAGAUCUGAACAUUUUACAGCUACAGGAAGAAAUAUUGAGGCAAACACCAGAUAACGAGGAAAAACAAUCAAUUGAAGAGAAGCUUCUUCCUCCAAUUGACCUCAUCGAAUUGUGUCUCAAAAUCCAAACACGGGAUCUUUCAUUACGAGCCUUUGAUCUUUUCUCAUGGACCAGUGCCUCCUUUCUUAGAAGCAAUACGAACCUAUUGGAAGAAUGCUGGAGGAACGCUGCAAAUCAAGAUGAUUGGGAAAAACUGUACCAAAUGUCUAUGACCGAGGGAUGGAGCGACGAGACGACUGUGGACAUUCUUAAGGAAACAAUACUUUUUCAAGCCUCCAGCAAGUGUUAUGGGCCAGUGGCAGAAAAUCUUGAUGUUAAAUUCGAACAAGUUCUUCCACUGAGCCAAGAAAGUACCGAACACUCUGUAGAAGCUGUUCUCAGACAGCACAAAGAUUUCCCAGAUGCAGGGAAACUGAUGGUGAUGGCGAUUAUGCAUGGCAGUUUUUCGGUGGGUCCCACUGGAACGGACUACGAAGAUGAUUAUCCCAUGGAGUGAAAUAAUUGUUAUAAGGUAUGGGUUUAUUUGACUUGUGUAGUAUUUUCAAGAGUCUCUUUAAUUGCGAGGGGGUGUAGUAUUUUCUGGAAUUCUCGAACUCUGGAAUUUUGAAGUGGAUAUACGAGAUUGAUUAGAUUAAAAACAUGAUCAUGGUAAAAAAAGGCUCAACGAAACGGAAAGAGCAAUUCUCAUGUUCUUGAUUGUAGCUGUCAAAAUUGCUGUUGCUGGGUACUAGAUGUGUAAGCUUGUAUGGAUAGCAUGAAACGGAAAACAAUUUUUAAUAUGUCGUUUAAGUCGAAGUUUCUGUACCUGAGAAAUGCUAUACUGCAUCGAGAUACAAGUUGUAUGAUAGAUAUAUUUAUUCUCUAACCAACUGUAAGUAGGAGAAUUGGUAUUAUCUAAUACUGAGUAUUAUGUGUGACAUCUUGUUAUUU